UGUAAUUAUGCAUAUAAACAAGAUGGAAAAUUCGCGUUGUCCAUUUCAGCUAUUUUCCAACUCUUUUUUCUUUCGUUUCUUUUAUCCUGACUUUAUCUUCUUUAAUAUCAAAUAGAUAAUGUAUUUGACACGUGAAGGGUUGCCUGAAGGAUGGGUUGCACAAUGGGAUUCUCAGUACAAGUGCUAUUUCUACGUGAAUGAAAGGUCCCCAAAUCCUACACCUCAAUGGGAAAGUCCCGUUCCAGGACUGAACCUUCCUCCUCCUUCUUCCGCUUCUACUUCUGCUCCUGCUCCAAAUGAAACCGCCGGUGGGGAGCGUGGAAUAUUUGACAAACUUCGACCAAGUCACCACAGUCAGCAAUCAAAUAUUCAAACUAAUAAUCAGCACACCUCUUCUGGGAUGUUUUCAAAUCCUCUGGUUGACAAGGUGGGCGGUUUCCUCGCGGGUGGUUUGGCUGCUCAGGCAAUAGAAAGUGUUAUAAAACACCAUCAUCAUAAAGACCACCACCCUCAACAAAGUGCGUAUCCUACCACCGUUGGUGCUGGUGCUGGAAGUGAAGCAAAUGCUUUCUCCGGUAUGGAACGACCCACUAACACAUUCUAUGAGAGACCAGCUACCAACUUUGAAGGGCCUACUGGUUAUGAGGGAGGAUUUGAAGGUGAGGGUCGUCAUGAACGUCACGAACAUCAUAAACAUCAUAAGCACGAAUAUGAAAACUAUAAUAAUCCCGAAAAUUUGGGGGGAUUUGGAAAUUUCAAUGGAAACGAAGGCCCAAAUAAUUUUCAAGAAGAAUUCAAUGGUCGUGGACACCAUAAACAUCACGGUGAGUUUGGCGCUUCUGAAGGUUUGGGUGGGUAUGAUCGACCUGAUAGAUUCAAUAACUUCGGAACCGAUGCGGGACGUUUCGAUGGUCCUGGAAGAUUCAACGAUAAUGAAAACGAAAUGAGACGAUAUGGCGAUUCUGGGAACUUUAAUGGUUAUGGAAACGACAUAAACCGUUUCGAUGGUCGCGGUCGGUUCAACCGUUACGGAAAUGAUAUGGAGCACCCCGUCGGAUUCUCUGGCUAUGGAAAUGGUAUGGAAAAUCCAGAUGGCUUUGAUGGUUAUGGAAAUGAUAUGGGACGUUUCGAAGGUGCCGGUAGGUUCAAUCAGUAUGCUAAUGAUAUGGAACGUCCUAGCGGCUUUAAUGGCUACGGAAGCGAUAUGGGACGUUUUGAAGGUGCAGGUGAAUUCGGAGGAGGUCGUCAAUACGACUGGUGAGCUUUUUCGAACACUACUUCAUGUAUUCCUCGUCUUUAGAGCAAAGGCAGAUCUAAAUUAUACCCCGCAGAAUUCAAAUCAUGGAAGAGUAUUUUCAUGUUUUAUGGAAGUCAGUAUUUUUAUUGUCGAAUAAGGCAAAUUGGCGUCAGUGCUUGUAGAAUCCUUUUCAUGAAAGACACAGAUUAAUACUUUCGGGAAAUCUCAUCAGAUCAUGGUAUGACUCUGGCUGAGCUUCAUAAUGGUCGAUUGAGGUUAUGACUAAACUCUUUUUGAGAUUUUUCUGCUCAAUGAUGUUUUGGUUUCGGUCCCGUCUGUGAUCACGUAUUGUGUUUUCUUUUGGUGGAUUAAGCGACACCGACUCAUACAAAUCGUACAUACUGUAACAGUAAUCUUUCAAAAGAUUACUCACACUCAUAUUUUAACUGCGUUACAUUUGCAUUUAGAAAUAGUUCUUUCAGUGAAUACUUUAU